CCGAGAACAACGUCACCUGCAUCGUUUGAGUUGAGACAGAGCGCAAGUUCGAUCUCUCUAACUGUGCAUAUGAAUUGAGCAACUUAGGGUUUCUUUUAGUGGUUUAUGAUUUGAAGCAUUGUCAAAUGGCGGGAAGGAGGAAACCUCUGGUACUCGCUUCCACCAAAUUGCUCAUCAAUUCUGUGCUCAGCUCGUCACAAGGUGGAGAAGCAAACACUGGAGCUGGAGACAAGCUCUUCGAUGACGGCUCUCCCGGGAAUUUGCGGUUACCUGUGGGGAUUCUCCGACUCUCAGAGGGUGAAAACGAGAGACCAGAACCUCAAUCGGAUGCUCUUGACUAUUCUGCGUCGGUCGGCCUAUCAACUUCGCGUUUGAGAAGGCUUUCUAUAACCUCGGGUUCGCUGGUGCUCGUGAAGAAUGUUGAGAUGAACAUACAGAGAAUUGCUCAGGUCGUUGCCCUAGAUCCUCCUGGCAGUGAUGAGUGCACAUCUGAUGUUAAACUGCCCUCUGCCCAUAUAAUGCUUGUAUUUCCUUCUUGUGCUUUCCCUCACGGCGACACAGUAGAUGAUGAAGUCGCUUAUAUAUCUCCUCUCUUAGCUUUCAACCUCAAUUUGCACAUAACAUGCUUAGAGUCCAUCCUACAACAAGAGGAAGAGGUAUUAGCAUCUUAUUUUAAUCCAAAAGGUGAUGAUGAGGCUACUUCAAAAAGCACUGAGACUUCUGUCAUUGAUAUAGAAUUUGUACCUUUGGUUCAAGCGCCUAGGUGUGCAUCGCAUCUAAGGGUUUCUUUUGUGAAGAUACCAGAAUGUGGUACCCUUGAAACCCUCAGAGGAAGUUCGUCUAUUGAAUCAGAAGACCGCCAAAAUAUGAUUGAUUUAGCAUUACAAAAAUAUUUUCAAGUGGAUAGAUAUUUGGCAAAAGGAGAUAUUUUCAGCAUCAGCAUAAAUUGGAACUGCAAUUCCUUUGCAUGUAUUCCUUGCAACCGGAAAUCACAAAAGAAAAAUGAAAGUCUUAUCUAUUUCAAGGUCGUUGCUAUGGAACCAUCAGACGAACCAAUUCUUCGUGUCAAUCGAGCUUCAACUGCUUUGGUGCUGGGAGGGAGCUCCUCUUCUGCCCUUCCACCAGAUUCGUUAAUUGCUGGACCAGAAGAACCUGUGCCUUUACAAGGGGACACAGUAAAAAUUUUGGCUUCUGUACUUACACCAGCUUUCUGUCCAUCAGCACUUUCUUUAAAAUUCAGAGUUUCAGUUCUAUUGUAUGGCUUAGCAGGUUGUGGAAAGCGGACUGUUGUUAGAUAUGUUGCUCGUCGAUUAGGCCUGCAUGUGGUGGAAUAUAAUUGCCAUGAUUUAACAGUAUCAGAGAGGAACACAUCUGUCGCUCUAGUUCAGGCUUUCAAGACAGCUCAAAGAUACUCACCAACUAUACUUCUUCUCCAUCAUUUUGAAGUUUUUCGAGACAUGCAAGCCCUUGAGGGUCCAAUAAAUGAUCAAAGAGGCAAUACAUCUGAAAUUGCAUCAAUUCUUAAGAAAUUCACAGAGCCAACUCGUAAAGAUGGUGGCAUAUACUCCCAUGAGAAAUCAAAUGGUGAAUUUGUAAGAUCAAAUGGUGGCAUAUCCAUGGUUGAGAAGAGUGCUGAAAAUAGAAGUGGGCAUCAGAUCCUGUUGAUUGCAGCUGCUGCUAGUUCAGAAGGUCUGCCUUCGACUAUCCGACGCUGCUUCAGCCAUGAAAUAAAAAUGGGGCCUUUGACUGAAGAGCAAAGAGCUGAAAUGCUAUCUCAGUCACUGCAAAGUGUCCUCUCUAUUACUGAUGCUGAGAGUUUUGUAAAAGAAAUAGUUGGGCAGACAUCUGGUUUCAUGCCCAGAGACAUGUGUGCUUUGAUUGCUGAUGUUGGUGCCAACUUAUUUCCCGGGAGUUCUGAUGCUGUAGACAAAGCCAGGCCUGGGGAUAUUGAUAAUUCUUCUAGUUCUGAAGUGAUCCGGGACAGUAACCACUGGAGAGUUUCACCAGAGGUUCAAGGCAAAGAACACUUGGCAAAAGUUUUGGAACGAUCAAAGAAAAGAAAUGCCGCUGCAUUGGGUGCUCCAAAGGUUCCAGAUGUCAAAUGGGAAGAUGUUGGUGGGCUUGAAGACGUGAAAAAAUCCAUACUGGAUACUGUUCAGUUGCCUCUCCUGCAUAAGGAUCUGUUUUCAUCUGGAUUACGUAAGCGGUCUGGUGUUCUUCUGUAUGGUCCCCCAGGAACUGGCAAAACGUUAUUAGCCAAAGCUGUUGCUACUGAAUGUUCCUUAAAUUUUCUUAGUGUAAAAGGGCCUGAGCUGAUCAACAUGUACAUUGGAGAGUCUGAGAAGAAUGUGCGAGACACUUUCCAGAAGGCCAGAUCAUCACGACCCUGUGUUAUCUUCUUCGAUGAGCUUGAUUCUCUUGCUCCAGCUCGGGGUGCUUCUGGGGAUUCUGGGGGUGUUAUGGACCGAGUGGUUUCUCAGAUGCUGGCAGAGAUUGAUGGCCUCAAUGAUUCUGCACAGGAUCUCUUUAUCAUAGGUGCAAGUAACAGGCCGGACUUGAUAGACCCUGCACUUUUACGCCCGGGCAGAUUUGAUAAACUGCUGUAUGUUGGAGUAAACUCGGAUGCAUCUUACAGAGAGAGGGUCCUUAAAGCACUCACCAGAAAGUUUAAAUUGUCUGAAGACGUGUCACUUUACUCAAUAGCUAAGAAGUGUCCACCAAACUUUACUGGUGCAGACAUGUAUGCCUUGUGUGCAGAUGCAUGGUUUCAGGCUGCGAAACGCAAGGUUUUAAGUGCAGAUCCGGAGUCUUCCUGUAAAGAUGAUGAAGCAGACUCUGUUGUUGUUGAAUACAGUGAUUUUGUCCAGGUCUUGGUGGAGCUGACGCCUUCUCUGUCCAUGGCUGAGCUUAAAAAGUACGAGCAGCUGAGAGAUCAGUUUGAAGGCGCAUCAAAAUAAUCCUACUCUUGUAUUAUUCGUUUUCCUGCAAAAACAAAUCAAUAACAAUAAUAAAUAUGAACGGUCGAUUUUUCAAUGAAAAAUAGAAAAAGAAAAUGUAAUUAUGCAUAUUGCUACUUUAGCAUUGGUCAUGUGUUCCCACCAAAAGAAGGAAUAUUCCUGUCUUUUCUUGUACAUAUUUUGGACAUACCUUCACGAUAUCCAUGCAGGGCGCGCGUCACGUGGGCGAUUCCAAUCCUCUUCAGUGUGUCACCCUUCUUACUUCAUUUGAAGGUUUGAAGCGCAACUCGUGAGGCAUAUUCUGGCCCGUUAGUUUUGGAAGAGUAAUGCGUAUUCCACUGCUUUUUAGGCAAACUGUUCAUUAUUCAAUGGGUGGAUAUGAUUGUCCGUCCCUUUCAAGGGACCCCAGGCAUGAAUUUUCCAGUCAGGUGAACGAAACCUCGUGGCCUAUGCCGCUUUCUUAUUGGUCAACCAGUGGAUACAUCUAUCCUUCCUUUUUCUUUUUCAAUUCCCCACUUUUCUUUUGUCCUUUUGUUGAUGGCUUGAUGCAGUACUGCAACCACUACUUUCGGCUUUGGGCUCAUUGGGACAUGAAUUAUUGAUUUACAUCGAAUAUGUGUAGGAAUUAAUUGUUUUAAUUGUAUGAAAAUACUGGGAAUCGAGGAUAAUCCUUUUCGGA